GAGCUUAGUUUUUAAUUGCAGAAAAAUAAUAUGGACAAAGGAGAAGAAGAUGUUAGCAACAAGCAAGUUCUCUUGAGAGACUAUGUAUAUGGGUCUCUCAAAGAGACAGACAUGGUUUUGAGCACAGGCACCACUCAUCUAAAGGCUCCUCAAGGCUCCAAAGCCAUUCUGGUGAAGAAUAUUUACUUAGCUUGUGAUCCAUAUUCAAGAGAACUGAUGAAGAAGGGAUUUCUAGAUGAUUCAAUCAAGCCUGGCUCGGCUAUAGCUGGGUUUGGAGUAGCUAAAGUCUUGGAUUCUGAUCACCCAGAAUUCAAAGUUGGUGACUUGGUGUGGGGGAUGACUAAAUGGGAAGAGUAUAGCCUCAUUAAUAAACCCGAGUUCAUGUUUAAGAUUCACAACACAGAUGUACCUCUCUCCUACUAUACUGGAAUUUUGGGCAUGCCGGGUCUAACCGCUUAUGCUUGUUUCUUUGAGCUUUGUUCCCCUAAGAAAGGAGAUUAUUUGUUUGUGUCAUCGGCAUCUGGUGCAGUUGGGCAGAUUGUUGGACAGUUUGCUAAGUUAAUGGGUUGCUAUGUGGUUGGAAGUGCUGGGUCUGACGACAAGGUUGAUUUAUUGAAGAACAAGUUUGGGUUUGAUGAGGCUUUCAACUAUAAAAAAGAACCAGAUUUCGAUGCAGCUUUGAAAAGGUAUUUCCCGGAUGGUAUUGACAUUUACUUUGAGAACGUAGGUGGUAAAAUGCUUGAUGCAGUUCUCCUCAACAUGAGACCGCACGGUCGCAUCGCUGUAUGUGGAAUGAUCUCCCAAUAUAACCUUGAGCAGCAUGAAGGAGUUCACAAUUUGGUUAACUUUAUCUUUAAAAGGAUUCGAAUGGAAGGGUUCGUAGUUUAUGAACACGUUCACCUCUAUCCAAAGUUUCUAGAUUUGACUCUUCAAUACAUCAAAGAAGGGAAGAUGGUAUUUAUUGAAGAUAUUAUUGAAGGCCUCGAAAGUGGGCCUUCUGCCUUAAUAAGACUCUUUGCUGGCCAUAUUGUUGGAAAACCAGUUAUUCGUGUCUCUAGUGAAUGAAUACUGCCCCAGUACUACUUGAAUC